AUGUACAUCCCAAACCACUACAACGAGGACCGCUGGGAGCAGAAGGAGCUGCUUAUCGUGCACCACCCGCUAGGCACUUUGGUCACUUUUGACCAGAAAAUCAUCGCCAACCAUGUUCCGUUCUUUCUCCACACCGAUAAGGAAACUGGAAAACGCUAUCUUCAAGCACACUUGGCGAAGAAGAACCACCAGAUCCCGCUGCUCCAGGAAAACGAUCACGUUUUGGUGAUCUUCCAAUCGCCCGACUCCUACAUAUCGCCCUCGUAUUAUCCGGAAAAGCAGAAGACUCACAAGUUCGUCCCCACAUGGGACUUUGCCUCGCUCCAUGUCUACGGAAAAUCCAGAAUUGUGGAUGAUUUUGACUUUGUCAGACAGCAGUUGGUGAAUUUCACCAAUCAGAACGAGUCGGCCCGUGAAAAGCCCUGGAAGGUGACGGAUGCUCCUGAAGGGUACCUCAAGAUCAUGCAAAAGGCCAUCACGGGGCUUGAAAUCGAGAUUACUGAAACAGAGUGUAAGUACAAGUUUGAGCAGAAAAUGGCACAGGAGAACAUCGACGGAGUUGUGGCUGGGUUGGCUCACGAUGGUGUGGCUGAGGUCUCCAACUUGGUGAAGCAGACCAACAGCUAG